GAGAGUCGACAGAUGAUGACGGUCUCUCUCGGUCUCUCCUAGUCCUAUAUAGUAUUACUGGGAGUGACUACAGCGAAACCAAUUUGUUCAGUCCUUCUGGUUUUCUCUCUCCUCUUGUUCUUCCGCCGGUUUGGUUAAAUCUUGGGUUCGUUUUCGGAUUUUCCUCUUAAUUUUCGUCGGUUGGUCGAAGCGACUCCAUUGAUUGAGCUCGUUGUAAUGUUCAUUGAAGCAGAGAAAGCAUGAUUUGAUCCUGGUUUUCUGUCUGAUACUGUGCUCGGAGAUCGACUUAUGUUUCAGAUUUUCAGCUCAGUUGAAGCAUCGAUCCUGUUUAAAACUGGUAUCGGAAAGUGAAAAUAUAUUAUUGGAUCUAAUGCAGUUUAUGCUCCCUAAAAGCUCAGAAUUUUGACAACAACGAGGGAAAUAAGAUAUAUUUUUACCUUUGCUGCAUUAAAUACCUCACGAAGAGGAAAAAAAAGAAGGGCAUUGCUGUCUGUAACUGAAAGUUCAGAGCAGUAGAGUUCACGUGAAGUUAACUCUUUUGGUCCGUGAAUCCAGCGAGGAAGAAAUUGGGGGAAAAACAAUGCGGAAUCAGUGUCUGUUGAUGAAUCAAUGGAGCUCAUCAAUGGCGCCCUUUUUUGCUCUACAGUUUUCAAAUCGUUCGAAGAACAGAGUAGGUGAUGGACAUCUUUUCCUCUACAUCUGUUUGUUUUGAGUUGUAUCGUUGAGAUAAAAAGCGCUGAUUGGGAGGUGUUCGUGGGAUUUAUUUAUUUAUUCUUUCUUUUGUAUCCAUGUCUUAAUGAUUUUCUCGAUUAGGUGAUGCAGAUGUUUUACUGUUUUGAUGGAUUAAAGAAAGCAAAGGUAAAAGUAGAAGCAGAAGCAGAAAAGAUCGUCUAUGCAAAAAGGUAGAUCUGAUGGUUUUUGAUGAGAGAUUUGGAGAUUCUGAAAAUUUGAAGAUUUUAAGGGUUUAAAGCUUUGAAGAUUCUUCAUUGGGUCUCACUUAUGGAAACCCCAGUUCAAAAGAUUCAUUUAACAUGAACGAGAUCUGGGGAAGCCAUUAAAAGUGGUUUGCUUUGUAAAAGUUUCUGGAUUUAUUAUUGCAUCUUAAAAUGAGACUUCCCUCUUCAAGGUGCCUUUUGGUUUUCUCCUUUCUUUUGUUGGUUUCUGAUCUUACCCUAGCGGAAUCAAGCGACCGAGAAGCGCUUCUAGCUCUGAAAUCGACGGUUGAUCCUUCAAACUCGCUUCCAUGGGAAGGAUACGACUUCUGCAACUGGCAAGGUAUCAGAGAAUGCUUGAGGGGAAGGGUUACAAAGAUGGUUGUCGAGUACUUAAACUUGACGGGAACCCUGGACGCGGCCAGUUUAAACCGGCUCGAUCAGCUCCGAGUACUGAGCUUCAAAGGGAACUCGAUUUCCGGCGAAAUCCCCGACCUCUCUGGCCUCACCAAUCUCAAGUCACUCUUCCUGAACGAUAAUCAGUUCUCCGGCUACUUCCCCAGCUCCAUUUCUGACCUACACCGUCUAAAGGUCGUAGUCCUCUCGGGGAACAAAAUCUCCGGCAACAUUCCAUCGUCCCUUCUCAAGCUCCGGCGAUUGUACGUUCUUUACUUGCAAGACAAUCGGCUAACCGGAGAACUCCCACCUUUGAACCAAACCAGUCUCAGAUUCUUCAAUGUAUCAAACAAUAAACUCUCCGGCGAGAUUCCGAUAACCCCUGCUCUCAUUCGGUUCAACUUUUCAUCGUUCUCAGGUAACCUAGACCUCUGUGGUGAUCAGAUAGACAGGCCAUGUAGUAAUGGAACUCAAACUCAAAGCCUCCCUCCGAUUAGUCCCGCUUCUCCGAUUAAUACACCUUCGGGCUCUUCGAGUCACCGGCGACGGAGAAAGCUGGUUGCGAUUAUCGUCGGAAGCAUCGGAGGGUUCCUUCUGUUGCUAAUCUGCUUGUCUCUGGCAUGGAGGGCUUGCAGAAGAAGGAAUGCAAUCGAAGGGAGGAGCAAAGCAAUGGAGGGGGCGGCCGAAGGAGGAGCGGGAGAGGGGUCUGGUGGCACAGGAGGUAAUAAUGGAGGAAAACGUGGGGGGUUUUCGUGGGAAGGAGAGGGACUAGGGAGUUUGGUGUUUUGUGGAGCAGGGGAUCAGCAAAUGACGUACAGUUUAGAGGAUCUGCUGAAGGCAUCGGCGGAGACUCUGGGGCGAGGGACCAUGGGGAGCACGUACAAGGCUGUGAUGGAAUCUGGGUUCAUCGUGACCGUUAAAAGGUUGAAAGAUUCAAGGUAUCCGAGGCUGGACGAGUUCAGGAGACAGAUGGAGGUGCUUGGACGGCUCAGACAUCCCAACCUGGUCCCACUCAGAGCUUAUUUUCAGGCCAAGGAGGAGCGCCUCCUCGUCUACGAUUACUUCCCCAACGGCAGCUUGUUCUCCCUCAUCCACGGAUCAAGAACUUCUGGUAGUGGGAAGCCUCUUCACUGGACGUCCUGCCUGAAGAUAGCAGAAGACUUGGCAACAGGGCUGGUUUACUUGCACCAGAACCCCGGCAUGACCCACGGGAACUUGAAGUCGUCCAACGUGCUGCUGGGGUCGGACUUUGAAUCCUGCCUUACAGAUUACGGGCUUAGCAGUUUUAGAGACCCAGACUCACUUGAGGAGCCCAGUGCUUCUUCCCUGUUCUACAGAGCCCCUGAAUGCCGGGACACGCGAAAGCCCAUGACACAAGCAUCGGAUGUCUAUAGCUUCGGAGUACUCCUGUUGGAGCUCCUAACCGGAAAAACACCCUUCCAGGACCUAGUCCAAGAACAUGGGGAGGAUAUCCCACGGUGGGUUCGGUCAGUUCGAGAAGAGGAGACGGAAUCUGGCGACGACCCUACGUCGGGAAAUGAAACUUCCGAGGAGAAACUCGGAGCCCUUUUGAACAUUGCGAUGGCGUGCGUAGUGAUUGCACCGGAGAGUAGGCCGGCGAUGAAGGAGGUGUUGAGGAUGAUCAGGGAAGCAAGAGCAGAGGCUCAAGUUUCAUCCAAUAGUAGCGAUCAUUCACCUGGAAGGUGGUCAGACACCGUUCAAAGUUUACCAAGGGAAGAGCAUUUGAGCAUUUGAGGGUGGUUAACCAUUAAUGGGGUAUGGGUCUUUUGCAUUUGAGGGCGGUGUGGUCAAUCUGAAAUUUAACUCUUCAACCAGCCUUGUAGAGUGUUGUGGUACGGUGUAAAGCAUUUGGUAGCUUAAUUUCCAUUUUAUCAUAGUUGUAGUGUUGUAGCAUGUGAGUGGUGAUAAGAUCUCUCUCUCUCUCUCUGGAUGAGAUCAUUUGGUGGGUUUGGAGGCUUUUGAAUUGUAUUCUAACGAUGAGAUCAAUUGGUGUCUCUUUCUUGUCUCCAAAAGGGGAGGUAUCAAUUACCUAGAAAACAAACACCUUCUCAAUUGGCUGAUACGUCUUUGUUUAGUGUUAUUCUAAUGGAUUAUUUUGGUUUUUCUUUAUGACAGAUAUUUUUUGUAAGGUGAUGUUUCGAAGAAAGAAAAAAAAAAAAAAAGGACAAGGGCUAUACGGGACCCCGAUCUUGACGUUUGCCUGGUGGUUGGUUGGAUCCCUCUUUCAUCACCUCUGUCAUAUUAAUUCGUUUUGCAAUCCAUCAAUCCAUCAAUUUUCGUUUCAAGGAUAGAUUUGAAUAGAGGAUUAUGAUUGUGUAAUCUUGCACAUGUCAUCUAUUUUUAAGGCUAUAGAUGGUAGGCUUAGUUAUGCUUACGUUUGUUUGUAUUGGUUUGCACUUCUUUUGUGAUACAAAAUUUGUGCCUUUUUGUC